AUGCGCAACUUGCUUCUUGGGGCCAUUGCCCUUCCUCUCGCUGUUCUUGCUCACCCCACCCAUCAAACCAAUGCCCUUACUCGUCGCACCGUCGAUCUGAGUGCUUUCCGCCUGGUGUCCCAGGCAAAGUAUACCAACUCGACCGAGGCGGUAGAGGACGCCCCCUCUUCGCUCGGUGGUUUCCAAGAGCAGAGCUACGUCGAGACGGCGACUCAGCUCGUGAAGAGCACUGUCCCCGACGCUGAAUUCCGCGUCGUCAACGACCACUACGUUGGCGACAACGGAGUUGCGCAUGUCAACUUCCGUCAGACUGCUCACGGCAUUGAUAUUGACAAUGCCGACUUUAACGUCAACAUCGGAAAAGACGGAAAGGUCUUCUCCUACGGCAACUCUUUCUACACUGGCGCAAUCCCCGAGGCCAACCCGCUGAACAAGCGAGAUUUCUCGGAUCCCGUUGCUGCCCUGAAGGGUGCUUCCAACACCUUGAAACUGUCCAUUACUUCGGACACGGUUUCGACCGAGUCCACUCAGGAGAAGGAGUCCUACGUGUUCAAGGGUACUUCGGGUGCCGUCUCUGACCCCAAGGCCAAGCUCGUUUACUUCGUGAAACCGGAUGGAAAGCUCGCUCUCAGCUGGAGAGUGGAGACCGACAUUGAGGAUAACUGGCUCCUGUCCUAUGUCGAUGCCAACAAUGAGGAGACGGUUCACGGUGUCGUUGACUACGUCGCCGAGGCGGACUAUCAAGUCUACGCCUGGGGCCUCAACGACCCUACAGAAGGAUCUCGCACUACAAUCAAGGACCCCUGGGACAUUUCUGCCUCGCAGUUCACCUGGAUCAGCGACGGCUCGACCAACUACACCACCACGCGCGGCAACAACGCCAUCGCGCAAUCCAACCCUAGCGGUGGAUCCAGCUAUCUGAACAACCACCGCCCCAACAGCGCGUCGCUUCAGUUCAGCUACCCCUACACCACCAGCUCGACUCCCCCGUCGUCCUACAUCGACGCCUCCAUCACCCAGCUCUUCUACACCGGCAACACCUACCACGACCUGCUCUACGUUCUCGGCUUCACCGAGAAGGCCGGUAACUUCCAGUGGAACAACGCCGGCAAGGGCGGUAUCGGAAACGACUACGUGAUCCUCAACGCCCAGGAUGGCUCGGGCACCAACAACGCCAACUUCGCCACGCCUCCGGAUGGACAGCCCGGACGUAUGCGCAUGUACGUCUGGACCCAGUCCACUCCUUACCGGGACGGUUCUUUCGAAUCGGGUAUCGUUAUCCACGAGUACACUCACGGUCUCUCCACCCGUCUCACCGGCGGCCCCGCCAACUCCGGCUGUCUCAGCGCCUUCGAGUCCGGCGGCAUGGGCGAAGGAUGGGGCGACUUCAUGGCAACCGCGAUCCGCCUGAAGUCCGGCGACACCCGCUCCAAGGACUACCCGAUGGGCGCGUGGGCCGCGAACAAGAACAUCGGCAUCCGCGCCUACCCUUACUCGACCAGCACCAGCACCAACCCGCUCACCUACACCAGCGUGAACGGCAUGACGUCCGUGCACGCCGCCGGCACCGUCUGGGCCAGCAUGCUCUACGAGGUGCUGUGGAACCUGAUCGACAAGCAUGGCAAGAACGAUGCCCCGAGACCGACGUUCCGGAAUGGUGUCCCGACUGACGGGAAGUAUUUGACUAUGAAAUUGGUGAUCGAUGCGAUGGCUUUACAACCCUGCAACCCCAACUUCGUGCAAGCCCGCGACGCCAUCCUGGACGCCGACACCGCUUUGACCGGCGGUGAAAACACCUGCGAGAUCUGGAAGGGUUUCGCGAAGCGCGGACUCGGCUCCGGAGCUCGCUACAGCGCCACGAGCCGGACGGCUAGCACGACGAUUCCUUCUGGCGCGUGCUAG